AUGGCUUCUCGAACUCUUCAGCCACAUGAGCGGCGCUAUGGACAAAUUGAUAAGGAGGCUCUUGCUAUUAUAUUUGGUAUCACAAAAUUUCAUGAGUAUCUGGCUGGUCGUAAAUUUGAUAUUAUUACAGACCAUAAGCCGCUUGUUGGUCUUUUCAAUCCUGUAAAACCCAUUCCUGACCAAAUAUCACCAAGAAUGUUAAGGUGGUCACUGAAACUGGGUUGUUAUAAUUACAAUAUUAAAUAUAGACCAGGAAAAUUAAUUGGGAAUGCAGACUCCCUUAGUAGAUGGACAAUGCCAAAUACAUCCGCACUAAAAGAAGAAGACCUGAGAGAAGUGCUACUGCUGGAUGAGCAGCCAGAGGGGUGGGACCUUGACGUGACACGAAUUGCUGGAGAAACCAAGAAAGAUACAAUUCUACAGAAGGCUAUGUUUCAUAUACUUCAUGGCUGGCCCCGUUCAUGUCCAGAUCCAGAUUUGGAGCCAUUUUGGUCUCGUAGAGAGGCUCUUUCACUUAGUAAGGGAUGUUUACUAUGGAGCAACAGAGUCAUUAUACCCAAAGCACUACAGAGUAAAGUUUUGGAUUUAUUACAUGCCCCACAUGCUGGGGUGGUUCAGACCAAAUCCUAUGCUAGAGGAUAUGUUUGGUGGCAUGAUAUGGAUCGACACAUCGAGAGAGUUGUGUCAGAGUGUGUACAUUGUCAGCAAGUCAGAAAUAACCCACCGAAAGACCCACAGACAUGGAUACCUUCUGAAAAACCAUGGGGUCGAGUGCAUAUAGAUUUUGCAGGACCCUUCCAAGGAAAAACAUUUCUGGUAUUGGUGGAUAGUUACAGCAAGUGGUUUGAAGCAGAGAUUGUUCCAUCAAUGAGCAGUGAAACAGUUAUAAGUGUGCUAAGGAAGAUUUUCGCAGCACAAGGAUUGCCAGAGAUUUUGGUAUCUGAUAAUGGCAGGGCUUUUACCUCAGAUGAAUUUAAUUCUUUUCUUCAGAGGAAUGGCAUUAAGCACAAAUACUCACCUCCAUAUCAUCCAGCCACGAAUGGACAUAUUGAACGGGCUAUACAGACUUUUAAAAAUAAACUUAAGAAGUUGACAUAUGCCAAUUCUAAUAUAACUUGGUCAGAGAAGCUUUCAAAAACAUUAUAUCAUUUACGCACUGUACCAAAUAGCACAAAUAAGACACCAGCAGAAAUUCUAAAUGGUCGUCGAUACAGAACUGCUAUUUCUAAUUUACACCCGAGUUGUGUACCAGAUGAUGCCCAGAAUCAACUCGAGGCAGCAGCAAACCGGGUCCCAAAUAGAAUCUUUAAAAAGAAUCAGGCAGUAUUAAUCCGUGUAUAUGAGUCAGGACAAAAAUGGCUCAGAGCUACCAUUGUGGAUAUAGAGGGUCCAAGUACAUAUAGGGUGAGAACAGAGGAUGGAGAAAUACAUAGGCGCCACGCAGAUCAGAUCUUAGCUCGGGGUAGUAAAGAUUGCAAUGGCUUUCAACGCAGACCAUCCUGGGAUCAACCAGAUGAUACUGAACCAGAUGAGUCACCGGAAGUAUUAAUACCAGACCCUGAUUUGUGGCCAGAGAUAAUUGGUGUGCCUUAA